AUGGUGGGCGAAGGCCCCUACCUCAUCUCCGACCUGGACAAGCGGAGCCGGCGGCGGCGGUCCUUUGCAGAGAGAUACGACCCCAGCCUGAAGACCAUGAUCCCCAUGCGGCCGUAUGCGAGGCUGGCGUCCAACCCCAUGGACGACGCAGGGCUGCUCUCCUUCGCCAUGUUUUCCUGGUUCACGCCGCUGAUGGUGAAAGGCUACAGGCACACGCUGACGGUGGACACUCUGCCCCCGCUGUCGCCGUACGACUCCUCCGACACCAACGCCCAACGGUACCAGGACUCCCCGGGUCACCUCAGGAGAGGAGCGCGCCGGGAAGGGGGCCGGGAGCCCCCUCGGGAGUUCCAUUUCCCGGGCGUGGACACCGGCACCCACGGGUCCUGGUGGCCCUUCUCGGUGGCUGAGACGUUCCGCGUGCUCUGGGACAAGGAGGUGGCGAGGGUGGGCCCCGAGAAGGCCUCCUUGGGCCGAGUGGUCUGGCAGUUUCAGAGGACACGGGUCCUGAUGGACACGGUGGUCAACAUCCUGUGCGUCGUCAUGGCCGCCAUCGGGCCGAUGGUCCUCAUCCACCAGAUCCUCCGGCAGACGGAGAGCGCCGCCCGCAGCGUCUGGGUUGGCGUCGGCCUGUGCGCGGCCCUCUUUGCCACCGAGUUCACCAAAGUCCUCUUUUGGGCCCUGGCCUGGGCCAUCAACUACCGCACGGCGAUCCGGCUGAAAGUGGCCGUGUCCACCCUGGUGUUCGAGAAUCUGGUGCUCAAUGUGCUGUCCAGCGACAGCUGCUCCCUGUUCGAAGCCGCCUUGUUCUGCCCCUUGCCGGCCACCAUCCCCAUCCUCAUGGUUGUCUGUGCCGUGUUCUCCUUUUUCACCCUGGGGCCCACGGCGCUCAUCGGCAUAUCCGUCUACAUCAUCUUCGUCCCUAUCCAGGUGUUCAUGGCCAAGCUCAACUCGGCUUUCCGAAGGUCAGCGAUCUCCAUGACGGACAAGCGGGUGCAGAUCAUGAACGAGUUUGUGACCUGCAUCAAGCUGAUUAAGAUGUACGCCUGGGAGAAACCCUUCACCCAGACCAUCCGAGCGAGGCGGGCCCCGGGGACAUCAUGGUCCCGGGCCAAGGCCACACCCGUCCUGAUCCCGGUCCCCACUAACCCCCCGCCCCCCGCUUGGCAGGCAUUCAGCGUGAUCGCCAUGUUCAACGUGAUGAAGUUCUCCAUCGCGAUCCUGCCCUUCUCCGUCAAGGCAGCGGCCGAAGCCAGCGUCUCCCUGAGGAGAAUGAAGAGAAUUCUCGUAGCCAGAAGCCCCCCCUCCUACAUCACCCAACCAGACGGCACAGACACUGUCUUGCUUUUAGCAAAUGCCACCCUGACGUGGGAGCAAGAGGCCGGCCGGGAAAGCGACGUAAAGAACGCGGAGGAGCAGGAAAAGUUCCUUCUCACAAAACAGAGGUCGGAGAUGUACGGGCCGAGUGCCUCGGCCCCGGGCGCCGCGGGCCCCGAGGACCGGAGCGGUGGCGGCAAGUCCGUCCUGCACAACAUCAGCUUCGUGGUGAGGAAGGGGAAGGUCCUGGGGAUCUGCGGGAACAUUGGGAGCGGGAAGAGCUCCCUCCUCGCAGCUCUGCUGGGCCAGAUGCAGCUGCAGCAGGGGGUGGUGGCGGUCAGUGGGACCCUGGCCUACGUGUCCCAGCAGGCGUGGAUCUUCCACGGGAGCGUGAGGGAGAACAUCCUGUUCGGAGCCAAGUACGACCACCAGAGGUACCAGCACACGGUGCGAGUCUGCGCCCUCCAGGAGGACCUGAGCAGCCUGCCUUACGGGGACCUGACCGAGAUCGGGGAGCGGGGCCUCAACCUCUCGGGGGGGCAGAGACAGAGGAUCAGCCUGGCCCGCGCCGUCUACUCGGACCGCGAGGUCUACCUGCUGGACGACCCGCUGUCGGCCGUGGACGCCCGGGUGGGGCAGCACGUCUUUGAGGAGUGCAUCCGGAAGACGCUCCGCGGCAAGACGGUCGUCCUGGUGACGCACCAGCUGCAGUUCCUGGAGUCCUGUGACGAGGUCAUUUUGUUGGAAGAUGGAGAGAUCUGUGAGAAGGGAACCCACAAGGAGCUAAUGGAGGAGAGAGGGCGCUACGCAAAGCUGGUGCACAACCUCCGGGGGCUGCAGUUCAAGGACCCUGAGCACAUUUACAACGCGGCGAUGGUGGAGGCCCCGCAGGAGGGCCCCGCGCACAGAGACGAAGUUCUGGCUCCCGAUGAGAAAGAGGAAGGAAAAGAAUCCGACACGUACUCGGAAUUCACAGACGUCAAAGGUGCGAGCCACCCACUCCCUCAGCUCUGCGCGCCUCCACGUGGGCUGCGCGACCAAACAAAAUCAAAGGAGCGGAAGUGUUUUGGGAAUCCCCUCUGCACCAGCUCGUCCAGACCCAGCCCCCCCGGGAAGGAGCCGUGA